AUGGUACAUUUGUUUGGAGGUGUUUGGUCACCUAGCUGCGCAAGUUUUGCUUUAAAGAAAACGGCGUUGGACAACAAUGAAAAGUCUGAUCCUGAUGUUGCCAGUACAGUUAGCCGAAGUUUCUAUGUUGACGACUUACUGAAAUCAGUGGAGAAGCCAGAAGAAGUAAUAAGAUUGAGUAAGCAGCUUUGUGAGAUGCUCUCUCUUGGUGGAUUUUGUCUUACAAAAUGGAUCAGUAACAGCAGAGCAGUUCUGAACGCAAUACGACAAAAUGAAUGGUCAAAAGAGUUGAAAGAUACCAGCCUUGAGAAUGAAGAGCUUCCAACAGAGCGAGCCUUAGGACUUCAAUGGGAUGCAGAGGCUGACCAAUUAACAUCUAAGAUCUGCAGCAAGGACAAGUCAUUGACUCGCAGAGGACUGCUAAGUAUAAUUUCUUCUGUUUAUGAUCCUAUUUGA